AUGGCCGAGGAAGAAAAAAUCAGGACGGAAUCAAGACGGAACUGGUCAGAGCUCCGAUUAGAGCUACUAGAGUUAAUCUUGAAAAGACUUGCUCUCGUUGACAUGGCUCGCUUUAAACUCGUUUCUAAAUCCUGGUAUGCCGCUGCAAAAUCAUAUAUCUCUAGCCCUGUAACUUACAAACCCUUGGUGCCUCAAGCUCCAUGGCUCCUGCUCCCUCGACGACGUAGUGACGGUGAUGAUGGCCGCUUCUUUAGCCUCUCAGAGAAAAAAGUUUACAUCUUUAGGAACCUGUUUGAAGGCUUUGGCGAUCAUGAACUGUUGGGUUCUUCACAUGGGUGGCUGGUGAUGUGGGACUCCAACCUACUCAGAAUACACCUUUUCAACCCCAUCUCUAGGGUUAGAAUUCUACUCCCACCUCUAGGGUUUCAGGGCAUUCUCAGCGCUUUCUUAUCCUCGGAUCCGUCUUGCAACAGCACCUUUUACGUUGUGGUAGUUUACACAGAGAAAGAAGAUACAAGAAUAGCAUUCCAUAAGCAUAGUGAUGAUCAAAACAACACUGCUACUUGGACUGACUUGGAUAGUGUAGAUGGAGGAUUUGGUGAGAUUUUUUUCCACCACAGCCUUCUGUUGGGAAUGUCUUUAGACUCGAAUUCAAUUAGAGUUUGCGAUUUCGGGGCAACCACCUCUCGCAUCAAAACUAUUGAUUUCCAACCUCCUGAGAGGGAUGCAGAACAACUUAAUUAUGGACGUUUAUUUGGUGGAAUCACAAGGUGA